AUGCCUCGAACUAGAUGGAAACCAACUCCACAACAGCUGAUGAUCUUACAAGACUUGUACAGAAAAGGGUUGACAAAUCCUAAUUCUUCAGAAGUACAAAUGAUAACGGCCCAUCUUUCUAUGUAUGGAAAGAUUCAAUGGAAGAAUGUGUUUUACUGGUUUCAAAACCACAAAGCUAGAGACAGGCAAAAGAUGAAAAAACAGCUUUUGCAUAAAUACCCUAAAGAUGAUAUUCGACAACUCACCAUCAACAACAAUCACGUUGACAAAAACCCUCGUUCUCCUUCUUCUUCUUCUACUACUGUCAAUCAAGUUUAUUCUCACUCUCCACCUAUAUUUCUUCAUCAGGUUGAAGCAACAACAGAAGCAUCACCUCAUAUGAUGAACUACCUUUGGGAAAAUCGGAUGAUGAGGAUGAACGGUAGAGAUUGGAUGUUGAUGAGAGACAAGGGUUCUUCUAAUAUUGUCCAUUGCAGCAACAAAGUACCUCUCAGAACAUUAGAGCUCUUCCCCGUUGAAACGACUGGCUUCAAGGAUUAG